AAUGGUAACCGGGAGAAAGUAGGAAUACGACGUGGGCGAGAAACAAGGAUCUUGAUUGGCCUUAAUUCAAGGCAGAGUUCUAUCACGCCAUCAAGACAGAAUUGAAGCAAUAGACCAUUAUCGGCGCUUAUACCCUUGUGUCCGGGUGACAGUGACCGUAUAAGUUUGAUGUAUCGUCCAAUGUUGUGGUUCUCCAUAGCUUGAUUCACCCCAAAUCCUUUAUAUAAUUUUAUCCGUCAAGGCCUAUCAGAUAUUAUCAUGUCUGUCGCAAAAGAACUUGAAGUGGCCAAUGCUGAAUACGCUGUGUCCUUCAGCAAAGGCCACCUGCAGAUCCCUCCGAAACGGAAGGUGGCCAUCGUGGCAUGUAUGGACGCCCGUUUAGAUCCGGCUCGCGCCCUUGGUCUUGAGGAGGGCGAUGCCCAUGUGAUUCGAAAUGCCGGUGGUCGCGCAGCAGAUGCUUUGCGAAGUAUCAUCAUCUCCCAGCAGUUGCUAGGCACUCGAGAGAUUGUUAUUAUUCAUCAUACCGACUGUGGGAUGCUCACAUUUACCGAUGAGGUGAUCCGCGGCAAAAUCAGAUCGGAUCUUAGUCAAAAUGCUGAUCAUAUUUCUUUCUUGCCGUUUGGUGAUCUCAAACAAAGUGUGUUUGAUGAUAUCAAGGUGCUGAGAGAGAGUCCUCUGGUCUUGGAUGUUCCUAUCACGGGGUUUCUGUACGAAGUUGAAACGGGAAAGAUUGUCAGGGUCGAGGAUAAUUUGUGAUAGCAGACAGUUCUUCCCUGUAUGGCUUGAAUUAACCACUACUCUGGCUUUAUUACAAUCAAGUAUCAUUACAUCUCCACUGAGCCAAGUUAGCCGACCUACUACUGAUUUGGAUUCUCAGUGGCCCUUUGCUAUCUUGAAAAAAGACACCAUCUUAUACGAGAUG